AAGAAUUCCUUUCCAGGAAUUAUUCCAUAAAGUCUCUAUUUGCUAGUGGGAGUCCUGCAAAUGGUGAAUCACUAACACUGUUCACACAUACUGCACCGGGUGAAUCACUAACACUCCUGUUCCCACGGGUUAAAAAAAUCAAAUAUCCUAGUACAGUUGAGAUAAGAUCAUAUCCUCAGCACACGAACAGGAUAUAUCACAACAGUUAAAAGAUUGAAAGCUCGAAGUGUCCUCCAUGUAAUACAGUUACUUGCGGAUACUAGAAGCGGCACCAUCCGGGAUACACACAUAUAAUAAAGUUGAAAAGUUAAAGGAUACAGCCUUACAGUACUUUCAUCUUUCGUUUUUUUUGUUGAAUCUGAG